UUGAAUGAAGAGAUGUCCAAGAUCGUCAGCAAAGUGCUGGACAACUACCCCGGCAACAACUCCACCACGGAGCAGGCCUGGGACUUCAUCCAGAGGAACAUGGAGUGCUGUGGCUGGACCGGCCGUGUGGACUGGACCGGUAACCCGGUGAUCGUGAACAGCUCCCAGCUGCUGUUCCCCUGCUCCUGCCAGAACGUCUCGCUGGUCUCGGGGAACUUCUCCGACAGCGGGUUCUGCGAGGCCCAGACGCCCGACUGGCCCGUUUACGACGUGGGUUGUGCGUCCAGCGUGGAGAGCUGGCUCGUCACCAACAUCGGGGUCGUCCUGGGGAUCUGCCUCGGAGUGGCUCUGAUCGAGCUGCUGGGAAUGAUCUUGUCCAUCUGCAUGUGCAGAAACAUCCACACGGAGGAUUACACCAAAGUGCCGAAGUACUAAAGAACACGAAUGGAAACAGUAAAAAUAUGAGUUUUGUUUUUCAUCCUGUAUCUGAUAAAACAUUUUGUCCAAAUGUAAAAAAUAAUGUGUUUUUGCGUUGUAUUUUUUGGGGGGAUUCUUCUUCUUUUUGAGACAUUUUUUUGUCAGUCCUGUUUUGUUUUUUUGUUGUUUUUUUUCGGAGCACUUUAGAUAUUCUUGUUAUUUUUUGGGAUCAGUGAGCGAUGCUGAAAACUUUUUCCAUUACAUUUAUGCAGUGGUGUAGUCUAGUUUUUUUAUACCGUAAUUUUUUUGCUCCUCCCUGUUCGCCUCCACCGGAAAGCUAACGUUAGUUUAGCUAACAGCUAAUUCGGCUAACCACUAGCUGGGACAGCAUGUAAAAUUAAUGAAUGAAUGAAAAUAACCGUUAAAAUAUAUACCAGCUGUUACGUCAGUUCUACGUUACUUGUGCUCAUUUAAAAUACAAUCACUCAACACUUGUCUUUAUUAUUACUGUAAAGUCUUAAUUUAGCUGUAGCUGCUUUCCCCGCUGUUUAGUUUGAGUAACGUUAUUUUAGGCUGAAUCAAGCGGUCAGCUAGCGGUUAGCCGAAUUAGUUGUUAGCUAAACUAGCGUCAGCUUCCCGGUGGAGGCUAACCGUUCUCUUAGCAGCUACAGCUAGAUUAAGACUUUAAAUGAGCACAAGUAGAACUGAUGUAACAACUAUUAUAUAUAACGCUGUUACGUUAUAAAAUAUAUAUAUUAUAUUUGAGGGUCUUUUACAUGCUGUCUCAGCUAGCGGUUAGCCGAAAAAGCUGUUAGCUAAACUAAUGUCGUUAGCUUCCCGGUGGAGGCUAACAGCAGACCGCUACUGUGCAACAGAUCGUGCGGUGUCGUAAAUCCUCGUACAUCAUGAUAUCACCUGCACAUGUGCAGAACGGAUCAUGUACCGACAUUUUCUGUAGUUUCUGUGACGUUAACGUCCGCUGCAGUGUCGUCCAAAGCGGCAGAACAGCUUCAGGGGCUUAGAAAACUACCCACUGGAUGCGUCAUUUUGGCUCCAUGCUAACAGGUUAGCGCUUCCACACUGCCUGCGUGACACGCAGUUGGAAGUUGGAAGUUUUUCCAGACAAAAUAGAACAGGAAAAGAUGUUUUUAUGUCAUUUUGACCCGAUUGACGACAACCUUGACUUUCACAUAUUGCACCCGUCAUACAGAACGAAAUAUUCUGUAACCCAUUUUGCCGACGUUGUCUUGCUUUGACGAAAUUAGGAGCCUAUGUAUUUACGUCUAACAACUCUCUCCCCGCAUGUAGAACAUGGGCGAUCCAAAUCUGUCGGCACGAUGUCCCGAGAUAGCUCUGCGUGUACGGUACGUCACCGGCAGGACUAUCUCGGGACAUCGCGCCGACAGAUUUGGAUCGCCCCUUGUUCGACACAUGGCGAGAGAGUUGUCAGACAUAAAUAUCUAAGCUGCUAAUUUCCUUUAAAGCAAGACAACGUCGGCAAAGUAGGUUACAGAAUAUUUCGUUCUGUAUGACGGUGCAAUGGCGGGAGCUGGGCGUGUCAGCCGUGGGGAUUUUUUUCGUAGCCGGCCUAACUGUGAACGAUCACACAAACGGUCAUCGUUACGUAACAGUAUCCUCGCGUUUUUGGAACUGUAACUGAAUUCCUCGACCUUUCCUAAUGGACUAUAGUCAAGGUCAGGUCAAGGUCAGGUAUAGGUCAGGUCAAGGUCAGGUAUAGGUCAGGUCAAGGUCAGGUAUAGGUCAGGUCAAGGUCAGGUAUAGGUCAGGUUAAGGUCAGGUCAAGGUCAGGUAUAGGUCAGGUCAAGGUCAGGUAUAGGUCAGGUAUAGGUCAGGUCAAGGUCAGGUAUAGGUCAGGUCAAGGUCAGGUAUAGGUCAGGUCAAGGUCAGGUAUAGGUCAGGUCAAGGUCAGGUAUAGGUCAGGUCAAGGUCAGGUAUAGGUCAGGUCAAGGUUAGGUAUAGGUCAGGUAUAGGUCAGGUAUAGGUCAGGUCAAGGUCAGGUCAAGGUCAGGUCAAGGUCAGGUCAAGGUCAGGUAUAGGUCACGUAGCCCACACCACUGCAUUCAUGUCAGAGGAACCUGUCGGAGGGAUGAUGGAGGACGCUGCCCGUAUAUAUAUAUAUAUAUAUAUAUAUAUAUAUAUAUAUAUAUAUAUUGCUAGUUUCCCUGUAAGUUAUUGCUUCGUGGUUUCAGUUUUCCCUGAAAAAUCUGAAUAGGACUCGUGUUUAUUUUCUGUGAGGAAGGAAGUUAAACGCUGACGUUUUGGACAACUGAAAAACGCACCUCGCGUUUGCGUGGUGCGUUUUGAUUUUACAUUUUCAUACACCAGCGUUUGGAGUUGUUGUGAAAUGUUUUUUAAACUUUGUAUAUAUAAGUUUUAGUCAUAAUUUCGGUGAAUUUGUAUCCGUGAAAGUCUGCCGGUGUUUUCUUUAGCAGCUGGUUUUUUUAAAUCGGUUGUUUUUCGCUCAUUUUGAAUUCUUCUUGGAAUUAAUAGAAAUAAUGAAAAUAAUACUAAAGAGGAACGUUUACGAUACUCGUUUUCCGAAAGUAUCGCUCCCAGUUUUACAAUUUGUCUUCGACAAAAAGUAAUAAACGCGACUUUUAAGUUAAUAUUUUAUCCACUUGACUUUAAAAAAAAAACAGGAGUGAAAUGUUUUUAUUUUAACCACUUUUUGAAAUAUGUGAACUUUAAAUAUGAGGAAAGAGGGGAAAUUAUUUUGGCGAAGAAGACAUAUUUUUUUGGGGAGAUUCAGCUUGGAGAUUCCUUUUUAUACAGAAACAUCAUUUGAAAUGAAUUUUUUUUAGUAACUUUCAGCCAAGAUAUGUUGUUUUUAUAAUGUACAAAUCCACCAUAUUGUUUACCUUUUUUAUGUACAGUCUAUAUAAAAAACAUCUCAUUAACAGUUAUAAUAAUUUCUAAGAUGGAAAGUGUGUUUGUAACUAGAUGGACGUCUGGGAGCUGAAUUACAAAGUGUGUACUCGUAACAUUCACGCUUUCUUUUUGCCAAUAAACUCGUUGCAGGA